CCUCUACUUAAAAUCCCAGAAUUCUCCCACUAAUUCUCUCUAGUUGUAUACAAUAUACAUACAAAUUCUGUGUUUUCAUUUCUCUUGAUGCAAUGAUGCUGCUGCAGCAUUAUCCUGUGAAACCAGCACAAAUGGCCAUGUCUUAUAUGUUUGCUUUAAUAUUUGCAAUGGAUAUUAUAGUGAGUGGAUUUAGAUUUGGAGUGGAUGGCUUGAGUAUGAAUUAUUACAUAAUGAAUUGUCCAUUUGCUGAGGGAAUUAUUAGGAAUACUGUUAAUAGGGCUUUGCAAUCUGAUCCCACUCUUGCUGCAGGCCUAGUCAGGAUGCAUUUCCAUGACUGCUUUGUUGAGGGAUGUGAUGGAUCAGUACUAAUUGACUCUUCAAAAGGUAACAAAGCAGAAAAAGAUUCCCCCGCAAAUUUAAGCUUGAGGGGUUACGAAAUAAUCGAUCAAGCCAAGGAAGAAAUUGAACAGCAGUGUCCAGGAGUCGUUUCUUGUGCUGAUAUUCUUGCAAUGGCUGCCAGGGAUGCUGUUUUCUUCGCUGGAGGGCCAGUGUAUGACAUACCUAAAGGAAGAAAAGAUGGAAGAAGGUCAAAAAUAGAAGACACAAUCAACCUCCCUCCGCCUACCUUAAACAGUUCUGAGCUUAUGAGGAUGUUUGGGCAGCGUGGUUUUACUGCUCAAGAAAUGGUGGCUUUAUCUGGGGCACACACACUAGGAGUGGCAAGAUGUUCAUCAUUCAAGCACAGGUUGAGCAAUUUUGACGCCACUAAUGAUGUUGAUCCUACGUUGGACACAAAAUUUGCAAAAACACUGUCCAAAACAUGCAGUGCUGGGGACAAUGCUGAGCAGGCAUUUGAUUCAACAAGAAACAGUUUUGACAAUGAUUAUUUCUAUGCACUGCAGAGAAAAAAUGGUGUCCUUUUUUCAGAUCAAACUUUGUUUGCAAGUGCAAGAACUAGAGGAAUUGUGAAUGGUUAUGCUAUGAACCAGGCUAUGUUCUUCCUAGAUUUCCAACAAGCCAUGGUGAAAAUGAGUAUGCUCGAUGUUAAAGAAGGGUCGAAAGGAGAAGUUCGAGAUAAUUGUCGUCUAAUUAACUGAUGUCUAUGUAGAGAGUCGUUUUCAUAUAUUUACGUAAAUUGUUAGCAUGAAUGUGCUUUAGCAUGUACUUCUUGAGAAUCAAAUCAUUUUAUGUAAAAUUGUUAGUAAAAAUAAUAAGGGGAUAAUGAAUCUUGACCCAUCGUCUACA